AUGUACAAUAGUUUGAGAGUUAAGGUCAGGAAAGUUAGACGUAAAAGCUUUGCUAACAUUAAAAAGAUUUUAAAAGAUUAUUUGGUAAACAGUAUGAUUAACCCCAUAAAUAUAAAAAAUCUGGAGAAAAAGGCCUUUAAAGAAUGGCUGGAUUCGUUUGAUACUAUUUUAACGGAUUGUGAUGCUGUAUUAUGGCACGACGAUAACGUCAUACCCCAAGUACCCGACACCAUAAACCGCCUGAAAUCUUUGGACAAAAAUAUCUAUUUCGUUACCAACAAUGGCACUAAAACCCGUCAUUAUCUAUGGCUUAAAGCCGCCAAAAUGAAUUUUCAUAUAGAUGAGAACCACAUCAUAGCACCCACAUUUUCCAUAGCCGAAUAUCUGCAGCAAAAUUUACCCGCCGGCGAAAGAGUCUAUGUUAUUGGUAGUCCAGCUUUAGCCCAAGAAUUGAACAAUUUAAAUAUAAAAAAUAUGGGUAUGGGUGAGGAUUUGGUGCAAGGCGUUUGGGUUGAUAUGCUGAAGGAUGUUAAGAGAGAGACCAACAGUGAAAAAGUGGGAGCUUUGGUUGUAGGUUUCGAUGAACAUUUUAGUUUUGUUAAAAUGUUAAAGGCUAGCAAUAUUAUGGGCACUAAUCCAGAUUGUCUGUUUUUGGCUACAAAUGCCGAUGCUGUGCAUAGAUAUCCGGGUUUCGCUAUGCCGGGAACCGGGGCAAUUGUAAAGACUCUAGAGACUUGUUUGGGUUGUGAGGCUAUGAUGAUGGGUAAACCUAAUCCUUUAAUAUGUGAGAAUUUGAUUAAAUCUGGAGCUGUAGAUCCAACAAGGACUUUAAUGAUAGGGGAUAGUGCUAAAAUUGAUGUGUUAUUCGGCAAGAAUUGUGGCUUCCAAACGCUUUUGGUGGGCACGGGAAAUGAUAAAUGGUGUAAGGUCCAGGAAUUGGUAAAAAAUAAUGAAGAGGAAUUUAUUCCAAAUUAUUAUUUAGAUUCUUUAGGUGAUUUGUUAACAUUUUUAGGUUAGAUUUUCGGAUUUUUUUUUAAUA